AUGCUGCGGAUCCUGUGUCUGGUGCUCUGCGGCCUGCUGACCCACACACGAGCUGACCCUGGGGCACUGCUGCGGUUGGGCAUGGACAUCAUGAACCACGAGGUCCAGAGUGCCAUGGAUGAGAGUCAUAUCCUGGAGAAGAUGGCAGCCGAGGCGGGCAAGAAACGACCAGGAGUGAAACCUAUUAAGGGCAUCACAGAUAUGAAGGUGAAGGAUGUGAAGCUUCCUGUCAUCACACUGAGCUUCACGCCUGGGGUGGGCAUCUUCCAGUGUGUAUCCACCGGCAUGACCAUCACUGGCAAGAGCUUCAUAGGUAAGAACAUGGAGAUCACUGUGGUCCUGAACAUCACAGCCACCAACCGGCUUCUGCAGGAUGAAGAGACGGGCCUCCCCGUGUUCAAGAGUGAGGGCUGUGAGGUCAUCCUGGGCAGCGUAAAGACUAACCUUCCUAGCAACAUGAUGCCUAAUGUUAUCAACAAGUUCCUGGACAGCACCCUGCACAAAAUUCUCCCUGGCCUGAUGUGUCCAGCCAUUGAUGCAGUCUUGGUGUAUGUGAACAAGAAGUGGGCCAACCUGAAUGAUGCCAUGCCUAUAGGCCAGAUGGGCACUGUUAAGUAUGUCCUGACAUCCAUACCAAAUACCACGGCCAACUACAUCCAAGUGGAUUUCAGUCCUGUGGUGCAGCAGCCAAAGGGCAAUACCAUCAAGCUUGCUGAUACCGGGGAGGCCCACGAGUUCCCCGACGACUAUGCUGAAGGCUCCUCACAGCUGCUGCUCUCAGCCGCCUUCCUCACAGCAGAGCUUGCCCUUUUGCAGAAGUCAUUUGAUGUGAACAUCCAGGAUAAGAUGAUUGGUGAGCUGCCCCCACAAACCACUAAUACAUUGGCAGGCUUCAUCCCUAAAGUUGCUGAGGCCUAUCCCAAGUCAAAGCCCUUGAUGACCCAGAUCAGGAUAAACAAGCCCUCCAAGGUGACCAUGAAGGCAGGCAAGAGCCUACUGCACUUCCAUGGCACGCUGGAGAUGUUUGCUGCUCAGCGGCGGGGCAAGGCUCCUGUGUCUCUCUUUCUCUUGGAAGCUCACUUCAACCUGAAAAUUCAGUACUCAGUGCGUGAGGACCGGCUGCAGAUAACUACCUCUCUGAACAGAUUACUGAGCCUGUCCCGGAAGUCCUCAUCGAUUGGUGCCUUUGAUGAGAAGGAACUGACUGGCUUUAUCACUGAUUUUCUCCAAGAAGCCUACAUCCCAGCUGUCAAUGAUGUGCUCCAAGUUGGGCUCCCGCUUCCAGACUUUCUGGACAUGAAUUAUAACCUGGCAGAGCUGAACAUAGUAGAGAAUGCCCUGGUGCUGGACUUGAAGCUGGGCUGA